AUGGAUAAAAUAUUAAAAAAAUAUAAAUUAAAAAAACCUACAAAAUAAUAGUAAAUAUAUUAAGCCCUUAGCAAGCUUUAUAAAUAGAGAAGGUACAUCAUAAGGGAAAUAUAUUAAACAGAGAAAAAUUAUGUGGAAGACUUAAAGAUGAUUUGUGAAUUGAUCGUCGAUAAAUAUAUAUAAUAAUAUGGAAUCGAAGAGUCGAAAAAGUUGUUUUCAAAUAUCAAAGAAAUUGUAGCAGUUAAUGAAUGGUUUUAUGAUAAGUUGACCGAAAGAAUUUAAUUAGAAAAUCAGAAAUACUAAAAGAAUUAUAAAUUAAAGAACGAAUUAAAGGAUCAAUUUGGACAUGAAAACAGUUAGUUGUUCUAUUUUUAAAAUUAAGAGAGUUUAUUAUCCAAAUUUGAAUGUUAUUAUUUGUAUUGCGAAAGAUAUAGCACUAUGAAAAAUUAUAUUUUGAAAAUGAAAAAUGAGAAUGAAAAUUUUCGAUAAUUUAUAAUGGAAGCAGAAAAAAAUCCAUUAAUGAAAUCUAAUUAAUUGGAUGAUUACUUGAUUAAACCAAUACAAAGAUUACCUAAAUACAUAUUGCUUCUAAAUGAUUUAAAAAAGAACACUCCAACUUAAGCCAGUAAUACCUUAUUUAAUGGCCUUGAUUACAUUCAACAUCCUGAUUAUGAGAAUAUUUGUAAAUUAUUAAAUGUCUUUGAGAAGGUCAAUGAUAAAAAUAAUGAAAAGAUUGGUGAAUUUUAAAAUCUAUAAAAAAUGAAAGAUGUACAAAAACAAUAUGGAAGUGCUAAGUUGAUUAUUGAUAACAAUAAAAGAGUGUUUGUUUUUCAGGAGAAUCUUGAAUAUUAUGUGAAUGCUUAUUAAAAAAAAAACAUUUAAUUGUUGUGUUUUAGCGACGCUAUUUUAUUGAUUGAACUUGAGUACUCUCUAUUUGGUCCAAAACAGAAAUGUAUUGCAAUGAGUGAAUUUUCACUGGCUUCUGAAUUCAAUAAAAUCAACUCCAAAUAAGGGUUAUUGUUCAAAAUAACAACCAAGUAGAAGGUAUUCAUUUUUAUAGCAAAUGAUAAUAAGUAAUUGGAUAAGAUAGAGAAACUAUUUAAAAUCACUAUUGAUAAAUUUAUUCAAGAAAAAAAGAGUAUGCUUGAUGAAAGUGGAGGCAAUGAAGAUACAACUUGGGAUUAAUUAUAAAUAUAAGUAAGAAUUGAAGGAACAGAAGAAUACAAUUAAGCAUCCCUUUAAAAUUACACAGUUUACAUUAUAUAGAUCUAAUUGAAAGACAUAGGAUGGAAAAUAUAUUUGAGAUACUCAUAGGUUUCAGCAAUAUUUUCUUACAUUAAAAAGUGUGAUUCAGCCAAUAAUGUAUUGAAAUUGCAAAAAAGUAAUUGGCUACAGAGUCAUCAAAAUAAAUACUUAGAUUCUCUUAAAAUUAAUAUAGAAGGAUUUAUUCAAAGUAUUUUUCAAUGGAAAAAUUUUGAGUAAUUUAAAAAAAAAAUUUUAAUCAAAUUAGGUCUUCCUACAAAUUUUAAUAUUUUACCAAGAUUUAUGGGUGGUCAGAAUGAAUAAAAAUUGGUUAGGAAUCUCUCGGUGAUUAAUGAAAACCAAGACUCGAUUGAUACUUUAGCUGAAAAGUUAAAUUAACAAUUCUUAGAAGAGUUAAAGAUUUCUCAUAUGUUAAAAUCUUAUAUUAAUUAAUCAGAUGAGAAAACUAUAUCAUUUAGUAUCAGAGUGAUUUUACCUAGAUGUUUAUAAGUAAAGGAAGAGAUCAUCAAUGAUCCUAACAGUAAAGUAGAAAGUUGGAUAAUUAAUAAGAUAACAAAGUGCGGUGAAAUCAUAGUAAAGAUUGAUAACUUAACCAAAGCAAUGGAAAUGUGUGAAAUUAUUGCCAAUGCUAUAUAACUUUCAGAGUUUUAUGAUUUUAGAUUAUUUGUAAUUGAUACAAGAGGAAAUAAAAGGUCAUUGGAAAAUAAUUAAAUUGUUUUAUAAUCAGUGCCAGCAGACAAAAAUAUAUUUCCAAAUUAGAGUUUGAAAAUCUUCACAUUAUUCGAUGAGCCUUACCGACUUGAAUUCUGUAAGUACAUAUUCUUUCCCUAAACUAUUGAGUCAUAUUUAUAUAAGUAAGACGAAACCAGAUUAAAAUUGCUAGUGGAAGGGUUUUUAACGGAAGUCAAACAUGCUCAUUUAACUCCAAAAAGAGUGAUUAAUUGGUAAGGUACAGUAAUAUUUUGGAUAAGGAAAUUAUGGACGCCCUUAUUUUAUCUUAUAUUAGAAAAUCACAAACAAAUAUAACUUGGAUUGUAAUCAUUUGUAUUCUUAAAUUAGAACUUGGUGAGAAAGUAGAUGGAAUCAAUAUACCCUGAGAUUAAAACUCUUGCUGCAUAAAAUGAGGAAUUGUGUAUCCAAUAACAAUUGGAUUUGAAGUAACAAUAAAUUUUCACUAAUAUCUAAAAUUUGGCUAGGAUUUCAAUGAUAAAUUUAGCCUAUCAAAUACCUCUUUGGGGAAUUGUGACCUUUUAUGUUGGGAUCAAAGUCACGGAAGAAACAAAUAAGAUUUUAAAAUCAAUAUUAUAAAAUGAAUUGCCUAAUCUCUAUUUAGGUAUAUCAUAUAAUAAGUUCUAACUGUUAACUCCUGGAAGAAAGAAGAUGCUUUGCUCUACUAAGUUAGCUUAGAUCACUAAUAUUACUGUAGAACCUAUCUAUAUAUACAUUUAAAUAAAAAAUUUUCUGUAGGAAAAUGAUAAUUAAAAUAUUGUGUUGAAAUUCAAAACAAUUGAAGGAUACAAAAUAUCAACUUUGAUUAAAGAAUAUCAAAAUCUAAAUUAAUAAUACCCUUAAUUAUCACAAAUCAUAUGA